AUGGCAGGAGGUAUAACAGCAGUCCAAUCUCGCACCAAGCAUCAGGAGACCAUCUCCUUUCCUAUCAUGACCUAUACCGAUGAAUUGCCGCGGAAUGGCCUUGACACUGUCAACGAUGCCUCACAACAUCCAUCGGAACCCGCAAUGAUUGGACAGUGGGAUUUCAGCCAACCUCCUGCAGGAGAUGGAUGGAUUAGAAAGCCACCACCAGGUCAAGGUGCAACAUUCGACUUUCGUCUGACUGCACCACCAGACGAGGCCAUUCAGCCUAGCCACCCCCGUACCCCCGCGGAGCAACAUAUGAUUGGCAUUGCACUGGGUAGUCCCAGCAUGGUGCAAAAGGAGGAGACACUACCACCACCUAGAUUCAACGUAUCUAUCCUCGAAACAGAAAAGGACUUGGCCCGAAAGCCGAGCAAGUGGAAGAAAAUUGGAGGACUCUUCAAGACGAAGAAUGCAUUCACAUCGCUUCCAGUUGUCGCACAAGAGAGCAACUUGAAGUCCCAAAGCAACGAAAGAAGUCGACCAAGGAAGCAGCCCAAGAGUAGAGAGAGCAUCGAUUCGACGGAAGAGUGGCCAAGACUUGAAAUCGAUCCACCCCAGAUGCGUGGCCACCGGUAUCGGAAUGAUUCGCUAAGUGGUAGCAAGGCAUCUAAGGACCAGACGAGCACUCAGGGCCUAAUGCUGAGUGUCGAUAUCCCGAACAUUCAAAUGGAACGAUACAGCGUCCUGUUCAGCAAUGUCGUCAACAAAACUGAAAGGCCCUCACUGCUGGCCAGGAGAGCCAAGACGUUGGACAAGCUUUGUGUCCCAGAACCCAAUAACUUUCUGAAAUCGCCCGCACGCCCAGUGCCCCAACGAAGAGCAACAUCACCAGCACGAACCAGUUUUACAUUAUUUCCAAAUUCACAUUCUUCGAAAGCAGCCCAAAUACUUGGCACACAGAAUUUCUCCCGUGGGCCGCGCCCAUUAGCCAGGGCAAACACCCUACCUAUCGACAGCCCGUCCAGCGUACCCCCGAAACAGGCCCAGCAGGCUGCGGCCGCGCACAAUGUUUCUUCUUUCGAGUCACCCGUGAUUCCAAAGGUUUUCAUCGAUCGUACCAGUACCCCGAGGUCAUCUAGUAGCUAUGACAAGCCUCUUCCUCCAAUUAAACCAGAGCAGCCUGCUCGACAACACCAGAGGGUUCCACAACAAACGAACAAUCCAUCCCCUCAAAAGGUCCGGCCGCAGCAAAGUGCGCAAGCACAAAAAAUAGUUACAGCAAAGCCAGCUACCCAUCCACGGAACCCACCUCUCCAGCCGAGAACAGAUUCACUGCCACGAACAACAGAAACAAAGCCUCAUGGCCCUUUCCUAAUAAAGAACACCUCACACCACCAACCCAACCAAAGACCGGACCACCCAAAAGUCAGCCAUGCAGUACGAGCAGGUCUCACAGUCGACACCCGAAACAAACCAAAACCACCCGCAAAAGACACACCACCUACCAGCGCAUCUCCAAGCCCACCAUCAAAAAUAUAUCCGACCCAAGACAAUAUCGAUCAAAUCACCUCCCCAUUAUCAGCCUUUACGGACCCUACAUCCGGUGUAUCGCCAUCGGAUUCUAUCCAAGAGCUUUCGCCCACGCCUACACAUCUAAUCCCGAAGAUCGAGGUCUCAACCGCCCGGUCGAUCUCUGUUUCGCGGGCAACGCGGCAGAUGCUCGUUCCUAUCGGUGGACGGAUCGAUUAUCUGGACUCGCAGGAGCGGCUUGUGCAGAGGAGGCCGCUUGUGCCAAUGGUUGUUGAUGCUCAGCGGGGACAUCGGCCUGGUGUUUCGCAGGAGCUGCGGAUAGAGUGUUUGUGA